UGGAUGGAUGAGCGCGCGCGUGUUGGUUGGUUGGUUGGUUUGGUCGCGAUGAGGAGAGACUGAGAGCGCGAGAUGCUGCUGCUACUGACACAUUCCUUGAAAGAUGUGUAAAAUGGCGCAAGUAUGUUGAAGCCACCGGCUGUAGUUUAUUUCAAGAGGAGCUGAUUUCUUCCUUCCCCAUCCUUGUCUUCGCUCUUGCCUCACCUUCUUUUAUUGCAUUUCGUCUAAUUUUCAAUGUGAUUAAAUGGCUUCCGGACGGCGCCGCCAGGCUCCAUGCUCUCUCGGAAUACUCCUGCUCGCUUUUGUCGGUCUGACCUGUGGGGCUGAGCUCUCCUUCACCCUGGAGCCAAGUGACAUCAUCGCGGUCCAGCAGCAGCCUCUGAUGCUGCACUGCCAGGUAGAGGGAAUCCCACCCAUCAGCACCCAGUGGAGGCGUAGUGGAGCCCUCGUCCAGGAGGACCACAACUAUGUCAUGUUCACCAACGGCUCACUGCUGAUCACACACUUCCAGAAGAUCAAGACUGAUGGCUCAUCGGAUGAAGGAGACUAUGAGUGCAUCGCGCAGAACUUCUUCGGUCUGGUUGUGAGCCGAAAAGCCAGAGUUCAGGCUGCUACAAUGGCAGAUUUUCAUGUCCAGCCAGAGUCAGUGCGUGCAGACGUGGGAGGAGUUGGCCGAUUUCAGUGCCAAAUUCAUGGCCUGCCUGAGCCGGUCAUCAGCUGGGAGAGAGACGGGCGGCCUGUGGACACCUCUGAUGAGAGGUUUACUCUGUUGCCCACGGGUGUGCUGCAGAUAACGGGUGUACGGCCUGAGGACAGUGGGGUUUACUGCUGUGUUGCCCACAACAGUGCUGGAGUCAAACACAGCGCAGGAGCACAGCUCACAGUCUCAGGCUCCCAGUCAUCUGUUUACAAAGAACCCAUGAUCCUAGUAGGUCCUGAAAACCUCACCCUUACGGUUCACCAGACCGCCAUCUUGGAGUGUGUUGCGACGGGUUACCCUCGUCCAAUCGUGUCCUGGAGUAGACUGGAUGGACGGCCAAUAGGAGUUGAGGGCAUCCAGGUACUAGGAACAGGAAACCUGAUGAUCUCUGAUGUGAGAGUUCAGCAUUCUGGCGUUUAUGUCUGUGCGGCAAACAAGCCAGGAACACGAGUGCGCAGAACUGCUCAGGGACUCCUAGUUGUGCAAGCCCCAGCAGAGUUUGUGCAGCCCCCUCAGUCUAUUGCUCGUCCUGUGGGCACCACUGCCAUCUUCACCUGUCUGGCCCAGGGUGAGCCGGUCCCCCAGAUCACCUGGCUGAAAAAUGGACAGAUCCUAGAACCUGAUGGCCAUGUCAAACUCAGGAACAAUAACAGUACUCUGACCAUCUAUGGAGUGACCCAGGAGGAUGAGGCCAUAUAUCAGUGUAUAGCAGAGAAUAGUGCGGGGUCCACGCAGGCCAGUGCUCGACUGACCGUUCUGUGGGCUGAUGGGUUGCCAGGCAUGCCCACAGACAUACAAGCAGAUGCCCUUUCUCCCACCUCCAUUCAGGUCACCUGGAAAGAGCCUACCCAAAACACUCAGGACAUAAUUGGAUAUGUGCUCCAUAUCCGCAAGACUGCUGACCCAGUGGAAAUGGAGUACCAGGAGGCUGUGAGUAAAAUGACCCUGCAGCAGGUAAUUGGAGAUCUGGAGCCUUCCACCAGCUACAGCUUCUAUGUGAAGGCCUACACGUCCCGCGGAGCCAGCAAAGCCUCUGAGACCACUGUGGAGAGCACUCUGGGAGAAGUCCCUGCUCCACCAGCCUUGUUCACCAAGGUGAUUAAUUUGACGGUGAUUCAGGCCACAUGGGAGGCCUCCACUAAGAUGGGCCAGCAGGAAGGAUUCAAUCUCUACUAUCGUAAGGUCCCCGUCCCUCAAUUCACAGGACCCCUCACCUUCCCACGAGAUGUGAUGCAAUACAACAUCACUCAACUAGAUCCUUCUUUUGUGUAUGAAAUUAAGAUUCUGGCUUUUAACCAGCAUGGAGAAGGCAAUGCCACCCUGCGCUUUGUCUCACUGAAGGAAGCAGUGGAGAAAUCAGUGCUAAACACCCCUUGCGACUGUGUAAAGGACGAACAGAAUAAAAGCUCCACCACAGGCAUCAUCAUCGGCAUCCACAUAGGAGUCACUUGCAUCAUUUUCUGUGUCCUAUUCCUCAUGUUCAGCUACAGGGGCAGGUUGAUGAUGUGUAAAACCGUGCAGGCAUCCAGACAGGCGGGCAGGAACCCAGCAGCAGGAGUCGUGCUGGAGUCCUCCUCCUCACAGGGGGCUCUCAGCGGCCCCCACAGGUUCAGCCCAGAUGGGAAUGGAGGAGCGCACAAUGCAAAGAGCUGUACCGACUCCAACGAGAUGGAGAGACUCUUCUCAGGACCAUCCCACUACUCCCAUCCACCUGACACCACCCACACAAUCGAGAGCUCUCUGGUCUCCUGUCCACUGAAUGAAACUGAAAUGUCUACUCUUCCCCUGGAUGAUUUCAGUCUGGCGGAGGAGUGCGAGUUGCAGUUCUGCCGGCAUCCAGCAGAGGGCCAGCGGGAUGAAGACUGAAAAAAAAAUUACGAAGGCCAAGAAUAUCCUCCACUCAGACUCCUGUCCAACUCAGGUCAACUGAAAGUAUUCAUCUUUUUUUUUUUGUUUUGUUUUUAUUGUGCAAAGAGUAUAUUAUUCAUAAGUUAAGUUCCCUUGUGGGAAUCACUGGACUGUAUGCCGAAGGUCCCUCUGGCCUCAAAGUGGGUGAAGUUCUGAGAUGGACUACUGUUAUUUCUCAUUGGUAGGUGAACGAAUACACUCUUACAUUGACAACUGGCAGCAAGUCUUCAGUCACUUGUGUCAGUAAGAAGUUUAUCUGGGCUUCUUCCGGACGUAUUUCUAACUGUUACCACCAAUUAGUUCUGCUGUUACCUACCAAUGAUUUCACAAGACCACCCAGCGGAGUCCAAGACCUUCUUCCAGGGAUUUAAAAUUAUUCUCAGGAUUUUUCUUGAUUUUACUGAUUUCAAUGUUUUAGUUUUUUUAUUUUAUUAGGUUUCGGUCUUCAUAAAGACUUUAGACUCUGCUAUGUGAACCCUAGAAUUUGCAACAAAAAAUACCUACCUCAGCUGGAUUGAAUGUCUUUUAGGAAGUCUUUGAGAUCUGCAUCAUGCUGUUUGUUCUGUUUUUAUACACAUCAAGCAUUCAGUCAAAAGAGAAAAGGUGCUCCUCUACCUCAGAUUUCAAGGACUGCCGCUCUCCUGCUUGCCGAAGCAAAACGAGAAAAAAAAUCCAACAUAUAGCACUUCCAAAUGUUGAAGUCAAUGUUCUACCUCAAAAUAACAAUGUUGUUAUUGUCGUUGUGGUUCUUUUUUCAUAUUGAAACAUAGCCUCUGUUUGUGAGAUCCUGGCUUCACUAUGUUGAUGAAUUGCUGUGUUUUGAUAUGUCAGUACCUCAUGCCAGUUGACAGAUGACAUUGUUCUAAGAAUUCUGCUUGUAAAGAUGUUUUGAUAGUGUCCUUGUAUUUGCGUAGGAUUUUUUAUGUUCUAUGUUUCCAGAUCAGAGUAUUUUUAUUUUAAUGGUAGUCGACGCAGUAAAAUGGACUUUUUAAGAUGAACUGCACUGUUACUAAUUUCUUCAGGAUAUAACUUCUGCUCUCAGAUGAACCGCUGGAAGAAAGAGAGGCCACCAUAUGUAAAGCUGGAUAGAAACAUAAAUUGCUGUUUAGGUAAUUGAAUAGAUUAACACCACGUUUUGCAUGUCGUGCGACAUACAUAACAAGAAUAAGCACAUAAUACUGUUCUGUGGGUGCUGAUCGAAGUAAAUAGUGAUAUAGAUUAGAUCAGUGUUUCUCAACCUCAUUCCUGAAGGACCACAGGUUUUGGAUGUCUCCUUUGUCUGUCACACCCAUUACAGGUCUUUCAGUCUCUGCUAAUGAGCUGAUGAUCUGAUUCAGGAGUGUUUGGUUAAGGAGACAUGGAAUUUGUGCAGAGCUGGUGGUCCUCCAGGAUCAUGGUUGAGAAGCAUUUGAUUAGAUAAAUAUAUAUCACGUUGUGACAUUGCGUGCGGAAUUGAUAUAGAAUUUUCCUGGGUUUUAACUACAGGACUUGUGAUCAAAUGCAAGCACUCUUAGAUACCGUUAAGGCUGUUCAGAUACUUUGUUGCAUGUAAUGAAGCGAGCACCUAUGAAAUAAAGAGGCUGGGCAUUCUAGAACUCUCCAAGAAGUGAACAUUCCAUUGGAAGCCACAUUCCACUGGAGAUUCUAACGGCUUCUAUGUUGAAUUCCAUCUCUUUUUUAGUUAAUAUCCCAAGCCCCUUGUCCAUAUUUUUAGUCCCACGUUGAUCAGGGAGCACAGAGUAUAUCAGGCACACGCGCAGAACUCGUGCGCACACACAACAUCUGUUGGCAUUAAGACAGUGAGUAGAUGAUGAUGAUGAUGAUGCCUGAGCUACUAAUGGUCAUCUCUUCAUAUCUCUGGCCGGCUAUUGAAUUGCUUUUCGAUAGCUUUUCACUGUGCUCAGCCACCCAAUCCUAGACCAGCUGUUCCUUUAAGCGGGGAGGGAGAGUUGAAAGUACCAGCAAGAUGUUCUUUCUCCUCUGGUGUCCCAUAGUACUAUGGUGCAUAUCUAUAUUUUUUUAAUAACCUACCUCGACACAGCAGUCAUGCUCUCAGGUCGCUCCUGCUAUGAUGGGGAGAUUGUAUCCUUUUUGUAUAGUAAACACAUGCACACGUACAUUCACACAUACCCUUUAGUGGAUGAGUGUGUUACAUUAGCUUUUCACGCUUUUUUGUUAGUGUAAAAUGUUAUUUUUAAUUAUCAAACUGUUCUUUUUGCUUUAUUUUUCCCAGGACGUCAUAGGUUUUCAUUUUAGUUCCUAUUCUUAAAAUCGAAUUAUCGCCAUCGGUGUAGAUAAUGAGUCAAAUUAGCAUAUUUUCAUAAUGCCCGCAAAUUCUGUAAUCGAUUAUUUUGUAAGAAAAAAUGGACAAAGCAAAGCCUAGAUAAUCAACAAAAAAAAUCCCAUUCUUAUAAUGUGUAUUCUUACAAAUACUGGUUCUGGAACAGAAUUGCACAGUUUAGAAAAGACUCUGUAUAUUUAUUGUACCCAAUGCAUUGUAGUAUUGUCAGUGGAGACCAUAGAUGCUUUUGUGUUGUCCGUAUACAGAUAAGUGCUCAGUUCUUUGGCUGUGUUAAAUAGAAUUAAUGGAAAAAGUGUCUGAACAACAGAAGGUAUGUGAUACACUGUGCUGUAGAAACGUGUCCCUAAUAAUGAAAGUCUCUAUGAAAUGUCUAUAUUGUACAGUUAUGGUGCUCUUGACAUUCUUGUAAUAAGAUGAAAUGGUUUCAUCUGUGGUGUAAUGCAGUACAAACAAUGCUGUUACAUUUCCAAGAGUCUCCCGCAGUUGCAUUUCCUGAUGGAUUUGGCCUUGUUUGGUGACGUUUCUAAUCUCACUGUGUGUCGGUGCAAAUCAGUACAACUUUUGAAACGUUAAUAUCAUCAUCAGGCCUCAUGUUCAAAUAUUAAUUAGAGUGGCUGUCUUGAUUUGGUUGAAUUCUGGAGGAUGUGUGAUGACAAAAACAAAAAGAGUUUAUCAGAUCAUGUCAGCUUUAUCUUUUCUACCUCAGAGCGAUCUCAUGAUCCCGUCUUUUGUUCUGAUGGAUAAUCUCCUCUCAGACUUUUAGAGAAGUUUUUUGUGCAUUUCAAAUACUGUUUCGCAUACAGUACGUUGACUUUUUGAUGAUAUGUUCAUGCUGAAAAGUCUGUUACUGUGACAAAGAUCCACAGGCUUCCUGGUCUGCUUGUCUUGCUUUGUUUUCAUUCAAUAUUUAAUAUCGUUUCUGGCUUGAAUCCAUAAAUCCAAGAACAAAAGAUGUUUCCAGCCUCUAGAACACACAUUGUACAUGUAAACAUACAUGCGCACACACACGCGCACAGUCACAUCCCUGUAAAGAAUGACAUGUUUGUGUCAGCAUUAGUCCCGUGUCCCAGAUUUCCCCUGGGAGACUCAGGGAUGAGGCAUUUGCAUGCUCUAUGGCAACACACCGACCUAUUCAAAGCAGCAGAAAGACCUGCAAACUUUCAAUCUGUAAAACAAACAGCAUUUUGUACUGGAUAAUAUGUACCAGUUUCAGUUUGUUAAGGUCCUUUCAGGAGCGGGAUUAUAUGGGAGUGCGCUUUUGGUGAAGCGACCCAUUGCAGCCCAACAGAGGGGAAUUUAUGUGCUUGCUUUCAGUUUUACACACACACAGAGAGUUCAUUUUGUGCGUUUGAUGGAACAGAUAUCCAAAAUGUUGUCUAAGGGUUUGUUCACACUUGUUUAAAUUGGUUAUUUUUCAUUUGGACCAAAAAUGAACUUGGGCUAAAAUGAGCUUGGGAUACUUCACGCAAAGAAUAUAUAUAUAUUUCCUCACCCUUAAGCUGUUCGAAAUCUUGAUGAGUUUCUUUCUUCUGAGUUCUUUUCUUCUACAAAACAAGAUAUUUUGAGGAAAGCUGAAAACCUGUAAUCACUGACUUCCAUAGUGGGAAAAACAACAUACUAUUUAAGUCAAUGGGUACAGACUUUCAGCUUUCUACAAAAUAUCUUGGUCUGCGAAGAUAGCUUGAGUGAACUGUCCCUUUUAAUUGUUCUUUUUUUUAUUUACAAAUGAACUUACCAAACUUCAGAGACAGUGCUGUGUGCGUAGUGUGAUGGUAUUUUUUUAUCAUUUGAGAACUUAUAAAAUAUGUAGAGGAGUCCAAACAGUGGCAGAAAUUAUUCAUCACAUAUGCAAAGAGGAUUAUACUUGCCCAAGAAUUCAUGAGAAUCAAUUGAACUCUCUGUCCUUUUUAGGGUCAUCUUGAGACAAUGUUUUUAAUUUAUUUAGAUCCCUUUUGCUGUAUGUUGGAUACCUGUUUCAGUUAAAUCACUGUAAGGAAAAGAUUUAAGCCCCUCUUUUUAGUGGUCUUAGUUGUCCAUCCACUGUUUGGUACAGAUCAGGACUAGCAUAGCUCACAUUUAUUAAAAUAAACCAAGUAUUUAAUCUAAGUUUGUUUUAGUUUAACAAAACCUCCCAGGUGUGAAUACAUGCUAAAUGCAUUGGUCAGACUCUAGCGUAAGGUUCCAUUAGUGCAUGUUAGUUAUUAAUGUAUUUACUAUCUUGAACUAAUAAUGAACAAUACUUGUUAUUAAACAUAGUGAUUUAAAUCUAAAGUUGUCUUUGUUAAUGUUAGUUAAUCCGCUGAUUUAACAAACACUGUAUUUUAAUGUGUAUUAACUAAUGUUAACAAAGACAAAUAAAUGCUGUAAUAAAUGUAUUCUUCAUUCAUUGUUCAUAUUAGUACAUUUACUAAUACAACCUUUUGGUAAAACGUUACAAAUGAUUUUGCUCAUGACAGUCUUUAGAAUGAUUGUAUUUCUGAAUUUAUCACAUGAAAAUCUGGUGCUGUGAUGAUAUCUGUUACCAUUAGUAAAAUCUUGUAAUACUGCACUGUUCAUAAAAUAAAUGGAAGUGUGUUUACGUGAAACUCUUAAAAUGGAAGCAGAAAAGUGAUCUGUGGGAUUUUAAAAACAAUGUUUCAUAUUCUGAAGGCUAAUUGACUUGAAGAACAGACAUGUUUUCUUUAGUUGAACACCGGAGAACUCUGUUCUGUGUGCAGUUUGGCACAUUGACUGAUGCUAAUGCUAUUGUCCUUUUCUUAUCAAGUGUGACGUAUCUGAAAUAUUUAUUUAGUGUGCCUCCCACUUGACUUUUGGGCUUCUAUACUAAGUUUAUUACUAUAUUAGUUUACCCUGUUUGUUUUUUACACUCCCAGUGUGAUGGUGUGGUAAUUGACUGCAUGACACAGAUGAAGUCCAUAGACCUUAAAGGAACAGUUCACCCAAAAAUCAUUCUUUUAACCAUUGCUUCACUUGUUCAAAACCUCUUUGAGGUGUUCUCUUUUUUUUUUUUUUUUGGUUAAACACAAAACAAGAUAUUGUAAAGAAUGUUGGAAACCUGCAACCACUGUCCUCCAUAGAAUAUUUUGUUUUCAACAAAAGAAAGGAACUCCUAAAGGUUUGAAACCACAUGAUGGUGAAUACAUUUUAAUUUUGGAUGAGGCAUCCCUUUCAAAUACCCACAAUAUUCAAAUCAGUUAUUUUUGAAGUACUGAAGAAUAAAUGGUUUCUAAUCACAUUGAUGGUUACAGUAAGGAUACACUGUAAAAAAAAAAAAAAAAAAAAAACCUUUCUUGAUUUUCUUCUUUACUCGAAAUCGAUUCUGUAUUUCUAUUUACAUUUAUGAAUUGUAUUGUGGGACCUUGAUCUCUGCUCUACUGACUUUUGAUGUUGUAAAUUCAACUCUGCAGUUUACCUUUACUAAAGUUGUAGUUUUUAUUGAUAAUAUAGUGUAUAAUAAAUAAAAUAUAAAUUAUUAUGUCUGUAAAACAACAGAAAAUGGACUGCCAGUUUAUUAUUUUACUGAGUUGUUGUAUCAUUAUUUUCUACACCAAGCGCCAGACAGUAUAUCACUUUAAACUAUUAAAAAUGUUAAUAAAAGUCACCUUUUUUAAACUUUUCAUUAUCAAAAGUAUUUGGAGGAAUGAUCAAGGUCCCACAAUGCAAUUAAAAAGCAUAAACAAUGAUAAUAUUAAUAAAAACAUGAAUCACGAAAUACAGAAAAUGUUUAAUUUAUGGAUAUUUUAAACAUGUAGUUAGCAAGCACAAAAUUGAAGAGCGGAAAGCACUAAAUUUCUUACAUUUCUUGAAUCAAAAAUGACAACAAACAAGUCUAGUUUGCCUCGCUUAGGUUUCUAACUACAUCUCAUCUUAUUUAAAACCGUUAAAGAGGCUGAGCAUUCAGUUUUAGUAAAACUGUUGAAUGUGAAGAUGACCGUCACUCCUUUAUAACUGUGUGCAUGACUGAAGCACUGAAAAUCUCUUAGCCGUGGUGCUAUUACUGUCACUGCUGCAGGUCACAGGAUGUUUGUAGUCUUUUCAUGUUCAGACUGUUGUCAUUCGGACCACAAAACACAAGUUCUUCAUUUAAAAACACUUGGCAAUUUGACAGACUGAUUCACUGUUGAAAAGUGUUCUGUUCAUUAAGGGAAAUGAAGGGAAUUAUGCAUUAAUGUCUGUAUUUGUGUAUAGCUAUUUAACCACCCUCAGAGCUGCAUAUGAUUAUGGAAAUGUAACAGACUGUUCAAAUGUGUACCUCUGUAAUCUAUGAUACAAACUUUAAUUCUGGAGCUCAGCGGGAGAAACAGACGAGACGGUAAUGCCUGCGGACAAACUCCAGUAAGUGCUGGUGUUCUCCAUUCUUACUGAAAAGGGGUCACUUUUGAGCAACCGAAGAGAGCACAAGAGCUGAGCAGGUGUGAGAUGUUCAGUUUUCACCCUUCUGUUCUUCAUGUAACUCAUCUCUCUGUAAUUCAGGUCUGGGUGAAAUUACUGUUUCCGCUAAAUGCGUUGGAGACACUGUUUCUGCCAGUUUGUCUUUUCCAAAUGUGAUGUCUGGCCACAGACGGUCAGUGCUGUGUAUGUACAUAUGCAUAUAUUUGUAUGUGUAUAUGUAUAUUUAUAUAAAGAAAGAAUACUAGACCGUUUUUAGUGGUUUGUAUUGUUUUAGGGUUCCUUGUGAAACACUGUUUAAAAACGUCAAUACAAUGAUGACAAUAAACUAGUUUUAGUUUUAAAAAUGA